GACGCGUCUCAGUUCCCUUCGAAAGUCGCCAGUUUUCCGCAGUGGGCUCAGCCACCUCCGGGUCUCUCCGCACACACAACACAUGCUUCAAGCAGUUGUAGGGCUUGGGGUUUUUCUGUCUAGGGGUUGCGUUUCUUUCACGUAAGUAAAAGGUGGUUAAAUUUUAGAAGCCGAACCCUUACUCAAACAGCGGGGUUCCUUUUUCUUUUAUCUUGAAAUGGUCUUAAACUGUGGCACAUGAAACACGGGACAUCGUAAGUUUACCUCUAGCGGGUGCUCUGGCCGGGUGCUGUUAUGGCUUCUGCCUGGAGUGGAACCUUGGAGAGUUUGUGGACCCCACUCCCAGUAGCCAAGCGACUCCCCAGGCCGUGGGCAGCCAGGGCCGCUGCUGUGUGCAUGGGUGUGUGUGUGCGCACGUGUGUGUGCAUGUAUGUGUGUGCGUGUGUGUGCAUGUAUGUGUGUGCGUGUGUGUGCGUGCGUGCGUACAAAGAAGCCAUGAGCCAUGCUAGACAGCCACACCGAUAACGUCACUGGAACAAGUUCAAGAAAAUUAGAGUGUUUGGUCAGUCUUACAGUGCUCACAUUUUAAUUCUUACUGUAGUGAGGCUGAAACACCAGAAACACCCUAAAAUAAACUUGGGAAUUGUCCUGUCUCUUACGAAAGCGAGAUUAUGGCAAAUAUGACCCGUCUCUUAAGUGCCAUUCAACAAGUCUUGGAUUAUGUGGGGGAAGAUCCCUGCACUGGGAAGUGUUUACCGAGGUAAACAGCCCUGAGGAAGGGACACGUUUGAAUCUCAGGGUUUUCUAUGUGGCUGCGUUACUAGAAAUGUGUGUGUACAUGUGUGUGUCGGUGUUUCUUCCUUGGGUGGUGUUUUUAAGAUUCCUGUAACUACGCGGAUGGCCCAUUCAUUUAUUAAGAAAGACUUUUGGUGCUCUUUGGGGCUCAGCUUUGUUUUUGUUUUUGUUUUUCAAGGAAAAGAUAACAUUGGGAGAAAGCUAAAACCACCAAGAACUGCAGAUAAAACAUUGUCAUAUAAAGCAUCAUAAAAAUUCCUCUUAUUUAUAUUAAUAAUGAAAUUCUAUUAUUUACUAAAAUAAUUUCCUCAUCGUGAGCAGCUUAAUGACUACAUAUUGAUUUCUGGGCCCAAAAGGUUAGAGAGAACUGUAAUGAAUUAGGGUGUGUGUGUGUGUGUGUGUGUGUGUGUGUGUGUGUGGGGUGGUGUUGUUUUUUGAAAAACAGACACCUGCAAGAUAAGGCAGUUGCAAAGAAUUUAUGUGUCAUCUGGCCUGUUUUUUAAGUUUGUCGCGUGAUGGGAGAUUCUGGAUGAGAAAAUGCAAACUGGUUGGGGGACUUGCUUCUGGGGGGCUGCACAGACUCCCUAAAAUGUUAAAGACAGACACCAGCAAAGCCUGAGAGACUGUUGUAAAGGGAAUUUGUGAUACUGAAUGUUUUGGGGUUUAUUUUACAUCAAGUUCCUGCUAUAGUGUGUAGGCCCAUGUAUAGGUCCUUCUUGGGGGACGUUAUUUCAUUUCUUUCUAUAGUUGCAGGUAGCCGGUUGUCUCCACCAACUGUCCUUUCAAAGGCAAAACCCUGCUACGGGUGUGUUUUUAACGUGAAAACCUUCCUGGGAACCUGGGGACGAAAUUGGUAGACGAGUCAUUCCCUGAGUUUUUUGAAAUCGUUAGAAACCAAGCCCUACGUAUCCACCAAACCGAAUCCCCCCUGCAGCCCUAAUUCGGUUUUUCUAAGACGCACCCUGGCCAGCUAGCCGGGUCUCCUGAAAUAUUCUUAGAUUACCCAAACUGGAGUCAUUCGGCAGUUUAGCCAAGGAGGUGGUAAAUUACCCCAGAACCACCACCCCUCCCCCACACAAGCACGAAGUUUGUGGGCCAGGCUUUAGGAAAAAAACCCGAGAUGUGUCGGGCUGUUUUAACCUUUGCCGGCCCCCUCCCAUGCUAAGGUGACAAGGUCCAGAUCAUAAUAUGUCCUUCGGUGUCUUCCCGGUGACCCCCAGAUUGAGCCUCGCUAGUCACUUAGCAGGAAGUUGGUAGUUUAUUUUAGUUUCACCUUAUCAGCUUGGCUUCUUUUCCUAACCUUAUUGCCCGGUCACCCUCAGAUGCCAGACCCCCGAAGGGGAAGAUUGACAGGUAGUUCCCAUAGCUCGGCUUUACCCUCAAACAACAGGGAUUUAGUUUCUGUGCCUUUGCCAAUGUUUAUGUAGCCGAAGUUUAGAUCUCGCCUUAAGGAGUCUCUCUUUUACGCGUCACUGGAAUAGCAAAGCCACAAAGAAGUUUUUGAACAAACCCUCGCAACUGGAACCCCAUCUAGUGUUCAGUUUGAUUCCUCCACGGGGAAGACAUUUUCCCCCUUUUCGCUCCUUGUGUGCGUUAGGGGGGCUCGAAGCCCUGUUUGCAAAGGGGCGUCUUGGCGUUUUUCAAAGAUGUCCCUGGUACUCGCCCACGCGAGAAGAUCCUGGGCCGGAUCGGAGCGCUGGAGGAACUUGGGGGGUGCCAGGAAAUUUGUCAUUUGGUUGCAUAGUGCACAGAGGAAACUUAGGACGUGGCUGAAAAUAUGCACAGCAUAUGUGGUGCUGUUUACAGUUUCUUGGGAAUUUUAAGCUGGACGUUCAGGUUCAGGCUUUUCCCAGGUCUGUGCCAAAAAUUAAAAAAAUUAAAUUAAAUUAAAAAGGCCAAUAAAUCAAAAAUGUUUGCGAUCGCCUUUCUCCAUUGGCCCACAGAAAAGGAAGAGCCUGUUAAAAUUACAGGCUCCAAAAUCACGGUCACGAGAGGGUCUGUUAAAAAUGUGAAUGUGAUCUUCAGGUUCGGGGAAGUAAAGGGGAGGCUCUUUCUGGGGGGCUCCAAGAAAGAAAACCCAGCGUGGUAGAAGGUUGUUUUGUUUUGGUUUGCUCCCCCCACCCCCACCCCGCCGGCUGGCUAAACCUUGCUGUGUGGGGCAUAGUUUUAUUUUUGUUUUCUCAGUAGACAGAUAUCCUGGAACGCUUCAGUUUUCUGCCUCCUGUUCUGCAAUGUUUGGUUCAGAUGAUGAAAAACUGACAAAUUUGAAUUGGGCAUCAAGCACCUAAAUCGUACAACAAGAACUGAAGCAUUUGGGAUUUUAGUAUAAAUUGGAUGGAGCUGUAAGAUCACCCUCUCCCCGCCCCCUCCAAAAAAACCACCAGGAAAUUCCAAAUAUCUUUUUGUGUAUCCAUACUUAAAAAACCCACUGCUUCUUAAAUCUUGUUAUCUGACCAGGAUUACAAAAUUACUCUACUUUGCAUGCAAAAUCCACAGAAAAGGAGCUGGCAUGUUAUUUUCACCAUAACACAGGGAACAAGGCAACUGUAUUUACUAUAAUGGGGUCACCAGUUGCAAUCCUGUGUAACAGAUUAUUCAGAGAUACAAGGUAGCAGACAGUCAGAAAAAUGAAUUAGAACAUGUUAGUGUGUGUAUCUUAUUGUGACUUAAAAUAUUCCCUUUAGUAAAGAUUCAAACUAGUCCUCAUGUUUUAUCUUUAUUUAAAAGCUGUUUCAUUAGAAUUCUGUUCAGAAUGCAGAUAGAUUUAAAGUUAAGAGCUAUUAACAGUGUAGUGACACCUGCUUUUGAAAUAAAUCAAAAUAGAUACCAGGAAUUUUUUUUUUUUUUUUUUUGGCGUUCAUAAACAUCAGGAAAUUAAAUUAGUUGACUCUACAGUGAGAUCAAAUGUCAGCUUAUUAAAAUGUUUCGAAAAUCUAAGCUAAAAUGUGAGCAACUCUUUAACAGUCUCUUUCUUAGAAGCAAGCAGGCAUUUAUUUUAAGCAUCUGUAUUUUCCGUCCAUUUAGCACCAUCUUAAAUAUAAAAAUGUUCAGGUUGAAAAACUUGAAAAUUCUCAAGUGAAUCUCAAAGCAGCACAAACGUAGAACUCGAGCACUGUAAAGUAAGUAACAAUUGGCUGAAUCCUGUAGAGUAACCUUUUUUAUUUUCUCUCUCUAUUAUGAGAAUAUCAGAUGUUUGCAAGUUACAAAAAAUUAAAAUGCCCUUUAAUCGUGAGCACAGAUGUGCUAAAUAUUUGAAGCAACUACAUUGUAAUGUGUACAAUUGAUGAAGUCAGUUUUCUGAUUUCCCUUGCUAGUUAUUUAGUUCUGAAUCUGUCAUUAUUUGUCUAAGCCCAGCUGACCAAGCAAAACUGUGUUUUAAAGUGGCUUUAUGUUUUGAUAAAUGUGAGCUGGUUGAAAAGUAUUUUCCACUGAAUGCAGAGCUUAAUAGAACAUGCUGACAUAAUAGUUUUAAUGCAUUUUGUUGAAAAUGUGUGAACAAACAGAAUAGCUUUUGUUCCUUCAUAAUUGGCUGUAAAAGUAGAUGGAAACAUAACCAUUACAUAUGGAAAUGUGCAAAGAGAAAGAAAUAACAUUUCUGUGAAUAUAUUAGGAAUUGCAUUUCCUCGUUUAAAAUAAGCAUCCGAAAUGGAUGCAUCAUUUAAAAUUGGUUGUCAAAAUACGAAGCUUUAAACAGAAUUUUUGUCACAUUAUUUUUGUCCCAAGUGAAGCAACAUAACUUUAGCGAAUUUCGUUUAAUAUUUUGUUUAUAUUAUUUUAAGGCAGGAAGAGAGAGAGAGAGACAGAAACUGCUUCACACAGCACCUCGAAUGUGCACAGGAAUCCGGCGACAAUUAGGAUGAUUAGACAUUAAAUUAAAACAGAAUCGUUAUUGGUGUUCUCUGCUCCCACUAAGAUUUGUCUGGUAUUGUUAAUGCAUUUUGCACCCUGUCCCCGUGGAGAUUCAAAGAUGGGUAUUGGGAAAGCCGGCAUGUUAAGUAUAACUUAGCUGCUCAGCACCCCCUGAGUGAAGUGUGGACACCGUCCGUAUACUUGCCCAGGGCUUCUGCUCAGCCCCGCACCACGGAGGCACAGACUUGAGGAAUUUUCAGAAGUCAGUAUUUAGGUAUUAAUUAUAUUUUCUGGAAUGCUAAGCAACUCAAGCCUUGUUUCUUUCCUUUUUUUCUUUUUUUUUUUUUCUUUGUCUUUUUUAUGUUCACUACCAAAAGGCAAACGGCUGGCUCUUUUGAGUUGACUCUAAGUUUACUGAAAAAGUAGCAUUUUCAUUUUGCAUUUAUUCAGAUUCACAAUUAGGUUGGUUUUUUUUCCCCCUGCAAGUUUUCUGGGAGAUUCAAUUUGGAAGUCAUGGAAACUAACUAUUAUCUGACUCCGUUCUGCAGAAAAGCAUGCAGGGAGGUAAUCCUUGAAUUAAACAGUUUUUUUUUUUUUUUCACAGCCUUCGGAGAUGACCACACACCAUUUGUACAACAGAAGUUGGUGUUCCCCAUGCUGGGAAACAAUGGGACGCCAGCCUGCCUUUGAAUAGGGUGUGAGCUUGGAGUUGGAGAUUUUUAUGUUGAAUUUACAAAUGGAUCUUAGUGAGAAGAAAUCUGAGCAACCAGUGGAAACAAACAUGAAAUAAAGGGAUUUUUUUAUAAUGAAAGGUUCAGGACAAUCUGUUAAACAAUUGGUAACAGUUAAGAGCAAACUGUUUUUAAAGGCAUUCAGAGCAGGAGAAAGGCGAAGCAUUCUCAGACUCUACGCCGAGAAUCACUUCUUCACUUCCCCGCAACUGCACACCUUCCUUAAAGUUGAUGUUCAGUCAGAAACGUAAACCCCAUGCCGGCUUUAUAGAUAGAAGGAGCGCUUUUGAUGAACUAUCUGGAGGCAUCCUGUUGCCAGUUGGAGCCUCGAGAUAUAUAUAUUCCUUGAUUAGUGGCGGGGUAGCCGGGGUUGCAUUCUUUAAUUUUAAAAAUAAACAUGCCACGGGGUGAUAUAUAGAUGCCAGGCGGGCCUUGUAGCGGGUUAUGACUAUUGUGCUUCUCCGCAUUGUGUGUGUGUGUGGGUGUGGGUGUGGGUGUGUGUGGCUUUCUCUUUUGUAUUCAGCGUGCGGAGGAUUUGUUACCGACGUGGCCACAGCGUGUGUGUCGCCGACCUGACUUAGCCCGAGUCCUAGGUAGGGGCGGGAGGCGAUUUCCAAGUUGUCAGUCUUCAACUUGGGGCCGUGCAUUUCUUUCCUCCUUGUCAACAACAGAUUGGAACCUGAAUGACUACAAAUUAGUUUAGUGACAGAACCAACUGUCACAGAUAUCUUCGAAUCGGUUGAAAAUGAGUAAGGUUGACAGAAACUCGGGGGCCUAAUAAGUCCUCACGGCGGCUGCCGGGCCCUCUCCGGAGGAGUAGACAGUAAGGUGUGUGGGGUAUUGGAAAUCGAUAUUUAGCUAUGGACUUUCAUGAUGCACCCCGGUCUUCGGUUCGUAGUAUUUUAUAUUUUGAUGGGUUAUCGGAAGGCCGGGACUCUCUGAGAUACCAGAUGGGUAGGAAUUCCUCCAACAUCCUUCAAGUGUAAUUACGGACGUCCCUGGGUAACACGGACUGGUUUUCGGGGGUGACGGUUUCGAGUUUCACAGGUAGAAAGCGGUGGGUCAGCCCCCGCCUUGUUUUUGAAGCCAUAGGUGGCCGUGUCCUGGCUUCCUUCCUAACCCUGCACCUUUGAUGUUUGCAGGCAACGCAGAGAAGGGACAACCGAGUCGCACCGCUAAGAGCAAGGACGCCCACGUCUGUGGCCGGUGCUGUGCCGAGUUCUUUGAGUUAUCAGAUCUUCUGCUCCACAAGAAGAACUGCACUAAAAAUCAGCUCGUUUUAAUCGUCAAUGAAAGUCCAGCCUCCCCACCCGAAACCUUCUCCCCCAGCCCCCCUCCGGAGAACCCCGACGAGCGAGUGAAUGACGCGGCCGCCAAGCCAGACCGAGCCGACGGGCACCACGGGCUUGGCCGGGACGAGUCCAUGGAGGUGGAGGCCCAGGGGGCCGACAAGGGCAGUGGGGGCGCCCAGAGCGGCGGCCACCCCGGCGCCCCCCCCGUUGGCACCGGCGGCUCCUCCACAGGUACCUCAGCGACCACAACCUCUCUACCUCAACUCGGGGACCUGACGACACUGGGCAACUUCUCCGUGAUCAACAGCAACGUCAUCAUCGAGAACCUCCAGAGCACCAAGGUGGCGGUGGCCCAGUUCUCCCAGGAGGCGAGGUGCGGCGGGGCCUCGGGGGGCAAGCUGGCCGUGCCCGCCCUCAUGGAGCAGCUCCUGGCUCUGCAGCAGCAGCAGAUUCAUCAGCUGCAGCUGAUCGAGCAGAUUCGUCACCAAAUCCUGCUGUUGGCCUCUCAGAACGCAGACUUGCCAACAUCUUCUAGCCCUUCUCCAGGUAUCUUACGAACAUCUGCCAACCCCUUGUCCACACUAAGUUCCCAUUUAUCUCAGCAGCUGGCAGCCGCGGCCGGGUUAGCACAGAGCCUGGCCAGCCAGUCUGCCAGCAUCAGCGGAGUGAAGCAGCUCCCCCCAGCCCAGCUACCUCAGAGCAGCUCUGGCAACACCGUCACCCCAUCCAACAGCGGCUCUUCCCCCCACGUGAACAUCCUGGCGACAGCGGCUACCACCCCGUCCUCCGAGAAGGUGGCUUCGGGCGCCGGCGCCUCCCACGCCGGCAGCCCGGUGGUCUCGGCAUCCCCCUCACCAGCUUUUGCAAUAAGCAGCUUAUUAAGCCCUGCGUCUAAUCCACUUCUACCUCAGCCGGCCCCUGCUAAUUCCGUGUUCCCCAGCCCUUUGCCCAACGUCGGAACAACUGCAGAGGAUUUGAACCCCUUGUCCGCCUUGGCCCAGCAAAGGAAAAGCAAGCCACCAAAUGUCACUGCCUUCGAAGCCAAGAGCGCCUCAGACGAGGCGUUCUUCAAACACAAGUGCAGGUUCUGCGCCAAGGUCUUCGGGAGCGACAGUGCCUUGCAGAUCCACCUGCGCUCCCACACCGGGGAGAGGCCGUUCAAGUGCAACAUCUGCGGGAACAGGUUCUCCACCAAGGGCAACCUCAAGGUCCACUUCCAGCGCCACAAGGAAAAGUACCCUCACAUCCAGAUGAACCCCUACCCCGUGCCUGAGCACCUGGACAACAUCCCCACCAGUACCGGCAUCCCGUAUGGCAUGUCCAUCCCCCCAGAGAAGCCAGUCACCAGCUGGCUGGACACCAAACCAGUCCUGCCCACCCUCACCACUUCGGUCGGCCUGCCGUUGCCCCCGACCCUCCCGAGCCUCACCCCCUUCAUCAAGACCGAAGAGCCAGCCCCCAUCCCCAUCAGCCAUUCCACCGCCAGCCCCCCAGGCUCCGUCAAAAGCGACUCCGGGGCUCCUGAGCCGGCGGCGGCGAGAAACCUGGGUGGGCUCCCCGAGGAGGCUGAAGGGUCCGCGGUGCCACCCCCUGGUGGCAAAAGCGAAGAGAGCGGCGUGGUCGCCAGCUCAGCCCCAGCGGCGGGCGCCGGCACCCUGAGCUCCCCGGCGGCGGACUGCGGCCCAGCCAGUGCCACCGCGUUCACCAACCCCUUGUUGCCGCUCAUGUCCGAGCAGUUCAAGGCGAAGUUUCCUUUCGGGGGGCUCCUGGACUCGGCGCAGGCAUCGGAGACGUCCAAGCUUCAGCAGCUGGUGGAAAACAUUGACAAGAAGGCCACCGACCCCAAUGAGUGUAUCAUCUGCCACCGGGUCCUCAGCUGCCAGAGCGCCCUGAAGAUGCACUACCGGACGCACACCGGCGAGAGGCCCUUCAAGUGUAAGAUCUGUGGCCGAGCCUUCACCACGAAAGGGAACCUGAAAACCCACUACAGCGUGCACCGUGCUAUGCCCCCGCUCAGGGUGCAGCACUCCUGCCCCAUCUGCCAGAAGAAGUUCACCAACGCCGUGGUCCUGCAGCAGCACAUCCGCAUGCACAUGGGGGGCCAGAUCCCCAACACCCCCAUCCCCGACAGCUACCCCGAGUCCAUGGAGUCUGACACGGGCUCCUUCGACGAGAAAAAUUUCGAUGACCUAGACAACUUCUCCGAUGAAAACAUGGAGGACUGUCCCGAGGGCAGCAUCCCCGACACGCCCAAGUCCGCGGACGCGUCCCAGGACAGCCUGUCCUCCUCGCCUUUGCCCCUGGAGGUGUCGAGCAUCGCUGCUCUGGAGAACCAGAUGAAGAUGAUCAGCGCCGGCCUGGCGGAGCAGCUGCAGGCCAGCCUGAAGUCGGUGGAGAACGGGUCCGUGGAGGGGGACGGCCUGACCAACGACUCGUCCUCCGUGGGCGGCGACAUGGAGAGCCAGAGCGCCGGCAGCCCGGCCGCCUCCGAGUCCACCUCUUCCAUGCAGGCUCUGUCCCCAGCCAACAGCACCCAGGAAUUCCACAAGUCGCCCGGCGUGGAGGAGAGGCCACCGAGAGCGGCCCCGGGCGAGUUCGCCAACGGUCUGUCGCCCACUCCGGUGAACGGCGGGGCUUUGGAUCUGACGUCGAGCCACACAGAGAAAAUCAUCAAGGAAGAGUCUUUGGGGGUCCUCUUUCCUUUCAGAGACCGGGGUAAAUUUAAAAAUACUGCUUGCGACAUUUGUGGCAAAACCUUUGCUUGUCAGAGUGCCUUGGACAUUCACUACAGAAGUCAUACCAAAGAGAGACCGUUUAUUUGCACAGUUUGCAAUCGUGGCUUUUCCACAAAGGGUAAUCUGAAACAGCACAUGUUGACACAUCAGAUGCGAGACCUCCCGUCCCAGCUCUUCGAGCCCAGCGCCAGCCUCGGCCCCAGUCAGAACUCGGCGGCCAUCCCCGCCAACUCCUUGUCAUCUCUCAUCAAAACGGAGGUGAACGGCUUUGUGCACGUUACUCCUCAGGACAGUAAGGACCCCCCCACCGGCCACGUUCCCCCCGGGCCUCUGUCGUCCUCCGCCCCGUCCCCGGUCCUGCUGCCGGCCCUGCCCAGGAGGACUCCCAAACAGCACUACUGCAACACGUGUGGCAAGACCUUCUCCUCAUCUAGCGCCCUGCAGAUCCACGAGAGAACUCACACUGGAGAGAAACCCUUUGCUUGCACCAUUUGUGGAAGAGCUUUCACCACAAAAGGCAAUCUUAAGGUGCACAUGGGCACUCACAUGUGGAACAGCACCCCCGCACGGCGGGGCCGGCGGCUCUCCGUGGACGGCCCCAUGACCUUUCUAGGAGGCAAUCCCGUCAAGUUCCCAGAAAUGUUCCAGAAGGAUUUGGCGGCCAGGUCGGGAAGCGGGGAUCCUUCCAGCUUCUGGAACCAGUACGCUGCGGCGCUCUCCAACGGCUUGGCCAUGAAGGCCAACGAGAUCUCCGUCAUUCAGAAUGGUGGCAUCCCCCCCGUCCCCGGGAGCCUGGGGAGCGGGAGCAGCUCGCCUAUCAGCGGGCUGACGGGCAACCUGGAGAAGCUUCAGAACUCGGAGCCCAGCGCGCCGCUGGCCGGCCUGGAGAAAAUGGCUAGCAGCGAGAACGCCGCCAGCUUCCGAUUCACGCGCUUCGUGGAGGACAGCAAGGAGAUCGUCACCAGUUAGGGCGGCUCCGGCUGGAGCGCCGGGCGAGCCUUCCCGCUCAGACCCAGGCCACGGCUGCGGCCGCCUCCCCUCACCCGGGCCCCCCGCCUUCCGGCUCCCCCAGAUUGCCGAACUCGACCCCACGACGAACACAUUCUUUCGUACCUUGUUCAACUUCUAGAGUUCUAAGAAAGCUUAUUUAUUAGUGAUAUAACCUUGCUUUGCAGACAGGAUGCAAGCGUUAACUUUGGUCUUCUGUAUUUUGGACUAAAUACUAAUUGACUAGAGUGCUGUAAACUUGCUGUAACAUUUAUGGCAAUUGCAAGUUGCCCUGCUAGGCGGUCUUAAUCUGGCAUUAACUUAUUUUCUAUACCCAGUUUAAUAUGAAUCUGGUGUUGAUGCAAUGCCUCCGUGAUGCAUUAGGUCUCUAAUAAAAGUCUGUAUAUAAAUGUACACUUUGAUCCUGCUGGAACGUUUUCUCAGCAAACACAUUGUCUAAUCUUUCUAAACAGAAUUAGGGAAAGGACUGAAAAGUACAGACUGAACAGUGUGGUUCUUUGAAAGGUUUGGGUUUUUGUUUUUUGGGGUUUUUUUUUUUUUUGGUUUUUUUUUUUUUUGUCCUUUAGUUUUUUGCCCUUUAGGUUUUUUUUGGUUGUUUUUUUUUUUUCCUUUGUAGAUUUAACCGUUUCCGUUCUGAACUGCUCUUUGUAUUGUGCUUUUUACUUGAGUCUUCCUCAGUGUUCCUAGGUUUCUGUACAGUAUAAGCACGCAGAAUUCCUUAGAGAAAAUGCAAGUGUUGUUUUGGUAGUGGGAACUGAGACGUAACCCUUUGCCUUGUAGGUAUAUAUUCACAAUAGCAAACGUGUGCUGGAAUUUCACAGUGCUGCUAAGUAUAGCAUCUGGAACAACCUUCGGUGGAGAAAAUGUAGCUGCUCUUGUACAUACAGUGAGAAAUAUCACUUUCAUUAAAAUGUACAUAUGUUCCUUACGAGA